CAGACCUCUCCGAGUUGAAAGUGCUGAUUCGUUCCGAAAUUUUUUUGCUUCGAACAAUAGAAAAAAGCGACAAAAUUACAUCUUUGCUUUGAUUGCUCUGGGCUGUAAAGCCGGCCAUGGCAGAUGCCUACCAACCUACAACGGUUCAGAGGCAAGACAGCGAAGGAAAUGAGAGAACAGCGUUUUGCAACCCGUUUCAAGGUCGAAGGCAUUUUGACCUCGAGAAUGGUCAUGAACACGAACGAGAAAACAAGGACGAUAGCGAGGGAACGAAACACGAUCGAGGAAAUCAGGGGCUCUUAACUCGAUGUGUUACCAGACAGACAAGCAAAACGGAAGACGGCAGUGCUCUUCCAAGUCCAGCGGAAUCCGAACUUUUUCUCCCGGCUACAGCAGAGAGUGCUUCGAAUCCUAGCAAGUUGACCCGGGUGAAGACACUCAAAAAAAAAAUUAUCAAAGGUACAGAGAACUUCUUUGGCCUGGGAGACUGCGAUGAAGACCAUGACCAUCUGCAGAGGAAGUGGAAUCAGCGAACAAAGCGGCACUACCAUAAACGGUAUGGUGCUCUUAUUGAGAAACCAGAGGAUGUUGUGGAUAGUUUUCCUCAUGGGUCACUCAGAGUGCCUGGUGGUAGAGAAAGCCUCAGUAGCUAUCAAGGCACACUUAAACCAGACCCUGAUCUUUUACGAACGUUGAGCCGACGUGAGUCAGUGGCGACCAUGGCAUGGAAGAGAAUGAAGAAAAUGAAAGAGGAUACUGGGAGCUUUAAAUCCCCCAGCCGAAAAUCUCAGCCAGUCAGCACUUUGCUUGAGGCUGGACGGAGCUUCUCACCAGCUGUCAUGUCACAGUCAGAAAUGGAUGAAGUUGACAGUGGAGUUCCUGUUACUAGAUUUGAUCGGCCAUCCAUUGAUGACGAAGUGUUCUUUGAUUUUUCGCCGGAGAGACCAAGACGAAGAAUUGAAAGACCAGGAUUUUUACCCGAAAUUCAAGAGGAGAGGCCUGCCAUUCCAACAACAGAAGCUAAAGAUGAAGUGGAAGGACCCCCUAUGCCACCAGUUCGCAGCACUCGUGGCCAAAGAAUUAGGGACCGACCCUGUGCUACAAAUGCUAACCGUCGUGAACUUGGUAAAGGAAUGGUUGGUAGAUGGUUGAACAGAACAAUAAAGCGUAAACGCUUGACAAGCACUGUCAAAAAGCAGAUUGAAAACCUUUCAGAUCACAGGCCUUACUUUACCUAUUGGAUCUCAUUUGUACAAGUGAUUGUACUUGUCGUUGGGUUAGCAGUUUAUGGAUUUGCUCCCAUUGGAUUCACAGAGACAAAAGAAGAAAGACUGAUUGACAGAAGUCAGAUGGGAACUCUUGUACCAGAAUAUGUGGCAAGAUAUAUUCCUGACAACUUCUGGAUUGGUCCUGAUCAGGCAGGUUUGAUCAAAAUGGGAGCCAAGUUUGCACCAUGUAUGCGCAGCGAUAAAAGGCUGCAAGAAGUGUUGUUAAUGGAGAAGAGGAAUGAGAGUCAGGCAGGCUGUUGUGUGAAGUCUGAUGACUCUGGUUGUAUAACAACAACUGAGGAAAAGUGUUCAAGAACCUUUGCUUAUUUUUGGAAGUAUUCCAAAUCCAAUAACAAGACAAGAGUUGUUUGUGGACAAGACCCAGACACUUGCCUAGAUCCCCCGUCGGUUAUUCCAGAUGAGUGGGACAAAGAUAUCACCAAUUGGCCCAUUUGUCGUGAAGCAAAGCCUAAUCUGUCACCUGCUGAUUACCCGCAUAUGACGUGUGACAUUCAUGGUCGCCCAUGCUGCAUGGGCAACGAAGCCAUCUGUCGAAUUGUCAGCCGGGACGAGUGUGACUUCUUCCGCGGCAGAUUCCAUGAGAAUUUAACGCUUUGUUCCCAGGUGGACUGUUUGAGGGAUACUUGUGGAAUGUUGAAUUUCCAUCGGAAGGAAACACCUGACCAAGUAUAUCGCCUUUGGAUGGCAAUGUUUGCUCAUGCAGGGGUGAUUCAUCUGGCUUGUACCCUGGCUUUUCAUAUCACCAUAAUGCGCGAUAUGGAAAAGAUGGCUGGCUGGCUCCGCUUGUCCAUCAUUUAUAUCUUUAGCGGCAUUGGUGGAUAUUUGUACAGUGCAAUUCUUCUCCCUUAUCAAGCUGAGGUCGGACCGUCAGGCUCCAUCUUUGGAAUCAUCGCUUGCCUGUUCGUUGAGCUCCUUCAGAGCUGGCAAAUCAUAGCGCGGCCUUUCACAGCUCUUUUUAAACUAUGUGGACUAGUUUUUCUUCUCUUGAUAAUAGGCCUGCUGCCGUACGUCGACAACUUCGCCCACAUGAUUGGUUUCUUGUUUGGGCUUCUGUUGGCUUUUAUCUUCCUUCCGUAUGUGUCGUUUAACAAGUUUGACCGAAAGCGAAAGCAAAUCCAGAUAAUCGUGUGUUUCGUAUUGGUCAUUAUGUUGUUCGUGAUAGGAUUUUUGGUGUUUUAUGUCGGUCAGGAUUCCGGCUGCAAUGCCUGUGGCUACUUGAACUGCAUUCCCUUCACCAAAGAUUUUUGCAAGCUAGGAGGACAAAAUCUACAGCCAAGAGCACGGUAGUCAGAUGAGGAAUAGGGAAUUUAAGCAAACCACGACGGCGACGGCAACGAGAACGUGGAAAACAAUAGAUCUAAUUGGCAGAACAAUA